GAAAUCACGGGACAUACAAACUCGCAAACAACGGCCAACUGAUUGGAAUUAGUCGAGUGGCUACAAUCCUAUUCAUUGGAAACUAACAAACACCUGGAACCGUACAGAAAGAACAAAAAUCGAGCGCAAAGAAAUCAAUUUGUUUAUACUAGCUCUCGAAAAAAAUAUUGGAUAUUGGAUAUCAACCAAUACUAUAAAUCUGAAUGCGCGAAUUGCUACUGAAGUCCAAUAUGCUGGUUUUAGCUCUCUUCCUGCAUAUUGUUGCAUCUGAAGUGGUCAGGGUACCUCUCCAUCCGUUCAAAUCUGCUCAACGCACUGUCAUUGAGUUUGAAAAUUCAUUAGGAAAUGUAAAGAAGCUUUGGUUAUCCAGAUUAUCUGGAGUUGGUCCUCAGCCAGAAUACCUUAAAAACUAUCUAGAUGCCCAAUACUACGGCGAUAUAACUAUUGGAACACCACCUCAAACAUUCAGCGUUGUUUUUGAUACUGGCUCAGCUAAUCUUUGGGUACCAUCAAAACACUGUAGCUACUUAGAUAUUGCCUGCUUACUACACAGAAAAUAUGAUAGCUCAAGAUCUUCCACUUAUGUUCCAAACGGUACUGAAUUCAGUAUUCGCUACGGUACAGGUAGUCUCACUGGGUUCCUAAGUACGGAUUCCCUUCAGUUGGGCUCACUGAGUGUAAAAGGACAAACGUUUGGAGAAGCGACGCGACAACCAGGACUGGUCUUUGUCAUGGCGAAGUUCGACGGGAUCCUUGGUAUGGCUUACCCCUCAAUUUCUGUAGAUGGCGUUACUCCUGUAUUCGUAAACAUGAUUAAGCAACGUUUAGUUGAAUCCCCAGUAUUUUCCUUCUAUCUCAGCAGGAAUAUAUCAACCGCAUUGGGUGGUGAACUGUUGAUUGGUGGUGUAGAUGAAAAGUACUAUACUGGUGAAAUCAACUAUGUGGACGUAAUGGAGCAGUCCUAUUGGUUGUUCAAAAUGGACAAGUAAGCUAAAACAGGAAAUUCAGUAAAUUUUAUUAUUAUAAGUCGUUAACUGGUUCCUUACUGGUUAGAUAUGUGACUUCCGUUAAAUAACUAGUUUACUACUUAGAUAUUUCAUAAUAAGCAAACGUCACUGUUGGUCUAGAAGGUGAAAGACUGCUUGGAGUGAAUUGAAUACUUUCACUGAACCUAUAUUAUCCAAACUUACGACCAGCAAAACUGGCACCACCUGGUUAAACGCAACGUCAACAGAAAUACUGAAAAGACCGAUAAAAAUGCUAGCUAAGGCUAACUAUCGCAAGCAUGACGGUCUGUCCAGAUGGAUGUCUGGCUAUUGCUGACACUGGUACUUCGAUGAUCGCCGGUCCAACUGAUGAGAUACAACAAAUCAAUAAAAUGCUUGGAGCCACUCAUCUACCUGGUGGUAUUUAUAGUGUAUCUUGUCGUGAUAUAAGCAAUCUCCCAAGCAUUGAUUUUUUCAUUAACGGCAAACGUAUGACAUUGGAACCUACAGAUUAUAUAAUGAAGCCACACUAUUUUCAGAGAGUAAAAGAAAGAUUAAUGUAGAAUGAUAUGAAUUCACCUUAUUUCUCCAAGUUCUCAUCAGCUACUUACAAACUGUGAUAUUUCAAAAUCUAAACUAUCGUAGAAAUUGAUAUCCUUAUAAAUGCAAAGGUGUUUAGAGAUGAUUAUGUGUAUCAUGAUGUCAGUAAAGUUAAUUAACUCACGAACAUAUGGUACGAAUGUAUAAAGCCUGGGGAAGAAAGUUUCAGAGCAUCUAACAAGUGGUUUAAAAUCAUAUAUAUUAACAAAUUUUGAAUGAGUGCGUGAUGAAGUAUGCUAAUCAAAUAAUGGUAAAAAUAUUUUUGAAAAUCUUAUUUAAACGCAUACAUUUGUUCAAAAGAUAAUCUUAAUAUUUAUGUGCCACAAAAGUCAUUGAGAUAGUGAACGGACUGGGAUACUUCCUGGAUGCCCGAACCGAAGCAGAUGGUUUCCUUAGGGGGCCACACUUCGACCCUUUGAUCUGAAAAUCUGGUCCACAAGAUAAUGGAGCAACGUAAGCAGAUGCAAUCCAAUGUUAACCGGUGACCAGCAAUACGUUCGUACGCCAUUAGUUCCAUCAGGAUCCUGGAGCCUAUCUAAACCAUUGGUUUUAAAUCAGGGUUUUUCAAGUAGUAGUAAUGAAGAUUAAUAUGAGUUGAAAUCAGUCAAUGAUAAUGUAUAUUUGUUUCCACAUUUUGGAUUUCCUUGUCUAUUGUGGCAACUGUGUACCUCAGGCUAAUUUCCAACAACGAUAUCAGAUUAGGAUGGAAGUUUAUAUGCCAGCCAAAAAUCAGGAAAAUUUUCGUGCGAAUGAAAAAGCUCCUAAAUACUUCCAUCUUACCUACAUAACUGUUCAGUGUUUUUGAUGCAUCUAAAAUUGAGCGAAAUCGGAUGAAAGUACCAGAAGACCAUCAUGAAUUUGUUUUCAUAUUUAUGUAUAUUUUUUUAAUUAUCAGACGCUAACAUUAUAUAUUCAGAGAGCUCGGUUGGCUUUUGCCAACGUGCGUCACCUGUGGAGUAGGCGAGAUAUCUAACUGCCAUAUAAAAGUCGAGUUUAUUGCAGAGCGCCUCUCUUUUUUCUACUUUAUGAACGUGAAAUAUGGCCAUUUAAAAAGGAUAUGCUAGGUAAAUAGGAUAAGUCAGUUGAUGACUCAAUGAGUCUUUAUCAAUUAGGUAAUUGGGACAUGUAUUACUCAUACCCAGCCGCCACCUACCUCGAUGGGUGACAUAUCUGGUGUAGGAGUAGAAUGGAAAAAAAUUGUAGGGCCGAACCAAGACGUAGCAUCGGUCAGCAGUCAUUGGUAGUUGGACUGAGUCAUGUAAGUAGGUGCGGAUUACGUGGUUGGGGUCCAAGCGAUAAUUGUAACCAGUAUUCGGGAACUUUAUGUAACAUGGCCCAGAUGCAUUUGUUUCCGGUCUCCUGAUCCUGAGUCGCGAAAUCUCAUACGUGGUUUUUAUGCUAAUAUCUGAUCUUUUCCACCACGAUUGAUACUCGUACUAUUUUUACUCCUGUGGAAUUAGUCGUGAUAGUUUAUCUCGCUGUGGUAAUGUGAUGAAGCAGCUUGAACCGAUACACGUAUGUAUCGGGUUCUACGUUGUAUAUGAUUGGCUAGUUGAGAUAAUUGGAUAAGAAAAUACUGUCAUUUAAGAUAUUGCUUUGUAGUUAAUCAAAAAAUAAAGUGUGCUAAGCAGUUGAAUCUCGUAACUUGUCCAAUAAAACGCUGAGCUUAUUAAUUAGUGGUUUGAUUCAUGGUUCUCUUCUGUCUUUAUUAAAUACUACUCGUUAUAUAGUAGUUAUCGUUUACUGUGUUACUAGGUCAACCUGCGUAUUUAUUUCCCCAAUAAAAAAUCUUUGCCUACUUAUUUGCAUAAUUUUGAUUUCAAAACAGGUAUCUAAAAUGGGUACUGAGAUUUGUUUAACUGGUUUCGUUGGAUUAGAUUUGCCGAAGAGAAAAUUAUGGAUAUUAGGCGAUGUAUUUAUUGGUAAAUUUUAUACAAUAUUCGAUAUGGGCAAAAAUCGUGUCGGUUUUGCAAAAGCUGUUCAUCCAGAUUCUGUUCAUCGUACAAAAACAACUAUCCCUAUGAUGCGAUUAUUCCCUGCUCAGUCAGUCUCGGAUUCUGCUUCAAAAAUCCCAUCUGGCGUGUUCGCCUUUUCCAAACUUCUUUCAGAUGAGGUUUGAUUAACAUCUAAUAACCUCGUUCCGCCUUCUGACGUUGACGCAUAUAUCUUUCGCAUAUUAAAAAGAGUAUUAUUUAUUCAUCAUUGAUGACGUUUGAGAACAAUUUUUGUCUAAUAUGUAACUUUAUCUUAUGAUUCGGUUUUACUGAUUUCAUCAAUCAUCGUCUUUUACACAUUUUUAUUAAUCCCACUAUAUUUUGUAAUACGUCUUGUUCAAAUUUAUUGAUGUUCAGUCUCAAAAACACAAUUACUUGGUCAUUUGCACUUCGUUGAGCUUAAAAUAAUAAGUUUGUGUAGCUUCUUAACUUAAUUUCAUAUCCUAACUUCAGUCAAAUUGUAAGAUGGCUUAGAAUAGAGCUCCAAGUAACUUGUACGUAAUGCGUUUGAAGCGAGAUUUGUACGUUCAACUGAAACCUAGUUCCAGACCUUCAGAUGAGCAUUAUGUGGUGUCGUUAACCUCUGUGCA